AGACUUUAGACAGUACUGGAACUUCGACAAUUUUGUCCGAUUUCCGAUCUCGAAAUUUCGUUUGCCGAUUUCCCGUUUUACCGUGGGUGUAGAUGUGUUGUUGACCUUCAGCUAUAACCAUACCCACACUCACACCCGCCCCACCUCGCUCUGGUACAUCACUGGAACUGAAUGUGGAUCUCUUAAGGCAGCUUAUCGAAGAAGAUCCUCGAUUGACAUUACGGUGUUUAGCAGAGCACCGAAGCUGCUCUUAUACUGCGGUGGAAAAGCAUCUGAACGAAUUAGGUAAGACAUGGAGAUAUGAAGUUUGGAUACCCCACGAGUUAUCACCACAUCAGCUUCAACACAGGGUUGAUGCUUGUAUGGAUUUAAUGAUAUCUCACCGCAACUACCAAUGGCUCUGUAAUCUUAUCACUGGCAAUGAGAAGUGGGUGUUGUACAUUAACUACAUGCACAGACGCCAGUGGCUGAGUGCUGGUCAAAUAGGCGUAACAAUGCCUAAGACUGAUCCGCAUCUCAAGAAGGUGUUGCUGCGUGUUUGGUAGUGAGUCAAUGGAAUUAUUCACUGGAAAUUUUUUCAAAUGGUUGCACUAUGACUGGUGAUCUCUACUGUCAGCAAUUGAACCGGGUUGCCGAAAAACUCAAGGAAAAGCAGGAUCGAAUUUACUAUUUGCGUGAUAACGUGAGACUCCAUGUUGAAAAGUCGGCGCGCGAAAAAUUAUUGAAGCUCGAAUGGAUUACCAUUCCUCAUUCACCUUAUUCUCCUGACCUGGCUCCAACGGAGUCCCAUUUGUUUCGUUCUCUUUCUAACCAUAUGCGUGAGAAACAGUUCGACGAAGAGAACGACGUCGAAAUGGAACUCGUCAACUUCUUCGAUCAAAAGUCCCAGGACUUCUACGAACACGGGAUGCUAUCCCUGCCAGAGCGUUGGCGACAAGUUGUAGAUAGUAGUGGUGCAUAUAUAAUUGAAAGCUAGUUGUACUGUUGGAGUUGAAAAAUAAAAAUAAAAUUUUUGAAAAAAAAACGCAAAAACUUUGUUGACAAUCUAAUAUUUUCUUCUUUAUUAUCAAUAAGAAAUGGUAAUUCAACGAUAGUUGUUUUAAUAUUUAAUUCAUUUAAUAAAUGAAUAUAAUUACGAAACAUUUUUGGCCAUGCUAAUAUAGAAAAUCCAGUUGUAAUACUCUUAUUAUCAGUUUGUCAAACAUGUGUUUUAGCAUUACCACCGAGUUUAUCACGUGCUUCAUAUAUCGUCACAUUCGUAUAUCCACUGCAAAGCAAUGCAUAUGUAGCACCAACACCACCAAUUCCACUUCCAACUAUAGCAAUCUUACUAUUUCGAUUAUGUAAUAGUGAUGCACGGUUUUUGUUAUCAAAAAGAUGUGAUUUGAUGUAUGUAUAUAUUGCUAAUAGUAAUAUACAUACAAAUGUUGCAAUAAUAUUUUAA